UCAGAGAAUGAGUUCAAAUGUCUUGACUAUCUUAAAAGUUAAAAAGGUAUUUCGAUAAGAUCUUAAGAAAAGUUAUUCUUUAAAUUAUAUUUACUGAAGACAGCAUUUCAUUCAGUAUUUUUCACAUCUAUCUCUUUGGAAACAGGAGGAAAUGAACAGAAACCGCAGCCGAAGAAGCAAAAGAAAGGCUGCGCGAUUGGCAAAAGUCAAGGAACACUUUGCUAAGAGGGAAGAAGAACAGAAACAAGGGACCAAGGCCAAAGAAAGUGAAGGUACAGCAGACAUCAGCAUGCAGGAACAUGCAACAUUGCUGAAGACACCAUGCAGUUCCCUAUCACAACAAACUGCUCGACCACCAGCGUGUAACCAAAUAUCACCCUCUCCAGCUGAGUAUAGUGGAGAUUCCACUGACAUCGUCAGCCAAGCUAGAACACAAGAUGAAGAAGACAACAUAAUUCACUCCAAGACUAAUUUACCCCUGGAAGACUCCAUCAGUUGUGAUGAAUCGAUUGCAUGCUCUGCUUCUGAAGUCUUGGAAGAUAUCCAACAUCCCGAGCGCAUUACUGACCAAACCGUUUCAAUCAAUCAGGCUGUUCCUGUAUGUCAAAAUCCUGACUUGCCUAUUAGCCAUAAUGUUGAGGAAGCAUGGAAGGAAUUUGAGAAGGAUGCUAAGCAAAGAAUUCAAAGUUUGGCACUAAGCUCUCACGAGGACAUGAAUGUUAGCGAUGGGAAACCAAAAGAGGAUCUGAGUUUGAAAACUAAUUCAGAGUCUCAGCUGUGCUCCCAUGGCUUCACAUUUGGGACCAUUGUAGCCCCACUCUAUCAUCAGGUUUUUAAAAACAUGGAAACAGAGAGAAAAAAACUCUUUCCGAAAGAUUUAGAUACGUCAUUUAGGAAACUAGAGGAUGAGAGUCGAAGAGCGGUCACAGCCCCUGAGACCACAAGCAUUUGGACAGAGUCUUGCUAUCUAUCUACAAAACAGACAGUAGAUGAUGUUAAUGUUGGCGUCUGCGAAGAAUCAACAGAACAGAACUCACAACUUACAGUACGCCCAACCAAAAAACCUCUUCCAGAGCCAAAUGAGAGUAAAGAUGUUAAAAACGCAGAAGCGUCUUACAAUCAAAAUGAUUGUACCAGAGAAUACCCAAGAGACAUCACAUUUACUGAAACAAACCCUCCAAAAGUUACAUCCAUUCAGCCAGGUCCUCCCCGAGCAGGAGUUUCAACAGUGUGCACACUCACAGUCACACUAGCUCUGACUGAAGGCUCAAUCCAGGAUCAUCCUUGCCAAAGUCUGUGUUUAUUUCCUCAACAUGGACCAGAACUUUUAGUCCCUACAAAUCAAACAAUAGAGUCAGGUACUGAAAGCCUACCUGGACAGAUUCAUCCAUCGUCACCCACAGCAUGUUUGGAUAAUCAGAGGUCCUGUAUAAAAACUGAAAAGUCACAGAACCAGGAGGACCCUACAAUUAUCCACACCAAAGAGGAGAAUAUAUUCACACAAGCAGAAUAUUUAAUCAACACUUCUUGCUUUCCAGCCCAAGCUCCAGAGGACAACACAAAAAGCUCUUUGAGUUCAUCUGAUGAUAAAUUAGAGCCUGACAGCUGUGAGACGAGAUCGAGCAUUGAAAAACUUAAAGAACUCUCUCACUUAGCAAUAGGAAUCGCUAUGCCAAUAGAACCAUACACACAAUUUGAGAACACAAAGAUAAAUAUGAGCAAUACUUUGGAGAGCUACCAAAUGAAUGAAAAGGAGGAACAAAUACUCAUGGGUUUUUCUACAAGGACAUCAGAGACGGAGCACUCCAACAUGAUUCAUUCUGAUGCAGAACAUAACACAUCAGUGAUUAAAGAGAUGGAAGAAAAUCACACAACGAAAAAUGCUGAAAGCCUGGAAGAGCAACAAGAGGGAAAUGGAAAUCAGAUUAACCAGACGGAGAAGCAGAAACAAGACGAGGAGGAGAAAGGCCAAGAACCAGAAGAACAAGAAGGCGCAGAAGAAAAACAUGAAAGAAGAGGAGGAAUAAAUAUCAUUGAAGAUGAGUUGAAAUAUAUAGAUGAUGAAGAGGACUUGGAUGCAAUGGAAUCUGAGAAAGAAGAGAAACAACAAGCAGAUGAAGAUGAUCUGCUUUCUCGUGAACAAGAUUCAGAGGAACGCAAGAAGAUCAUUAGUACCGGCACUGUUGAAUCAUUACCACAUCAUGUUGACUUAAAAGGUACAGAGUACUCUGAAAAAGAGGACAUUCACGUCAACCUCGGUUUAGAGAUCUAUGAGGAAACGGCUACAUCUUGGCACGAAUCAACUCAGAGGAAUGAUAUCGAACUGAGCGGAAGUACGGAAGCUAUGGAGAAUGAAUGCAACCGUUUUGAAUUUAUUGAUAAAGAAGAGAAUGUGUCCUAUGAAGGUUUGAAAAGUGACUGGAAAACUCUUGAUGAUGAAAACACGGAAUGCCUGGCAAAAGGCCGAGAUCUUGAAAACGUUGAAGACAACACCUCGACAGAAUCGCAGACCGAUGAUGAGAUGGAGCUGUACCUGAACGGUCUGAAGAAUUCACAACAGUCAGUAUUCAGAGAAGGUGCAAUGAGUGGGAGUUACAGCAAAAGACCCUCCUUGAGCAGAGGGAGGCCAUUGGCUAUGCCUUCAAUCUCAGAGUCUAUGGACGAGGACCAGCCGAAUAGUUCCCUAGAGGAUUUAACAAAUAUGGAGUACAACAUGGAGCUGGAGAGAGCUACACUGCCCCUAGUGGAUGGGAAUGAGCAUGUCAUUAGAUGUAACGUCUUGUGGUGGAAAGAGUUUCUGUCCUAUGACAAUAUUUCAAGGUGUAUUGGCUGUUUCAUCAAGGGGAGGAACAACCACUGAAAACCUCUCGGAAAGGUGACAGAGGACUGCAGUAAACAUGAUUUACUCGUCAACAUUUGUUGGAGAACUUAGAAAUGUGGAAGUGAAUCCAAAUAUGUGUUGCUGCACAUUAACAUUGGAUUAUGUGGGGCUAUGUUUAUCACAAAAACUUUCAUAAUGGCAAAUACAUGAUUACAGUAAAAGAUGACUUUUGUAGAUUGAUGGAUUGCUGAUAUAAAAAUUCUUAUUUUUCUGUUGCAAAUAUUUAACAAACAUUUUUCCUUACUUGGUCGUGCAAGAUUAUUCGAGUUACUUUGUUUGUUAAUUUGUCUGGUCUGUUUACAGACUACAUCAAGGAUCAAUAUCCUCUUUUGUUUCAGUAAACCUAACGUUAUGUUCUUAACAUCUCCAACCUGCCAACUUUUCUUCAUAAGGGCAGAGGUGUCAUAUGGCACAGGUGUGUAAACAUAAUGAAUAAACCAUGUAAAAUAAACCAUAACUUCCAUCGUUGUGCACUCAAAAUAGAUAAGAUGUCUGUAAAUUUGCUUUGUCCAAUCAAUAUAUUACUUCAUGUUGUGCAUCUGC